UGUUAGCACCGUGCGACGUGCGAGUGUAUGACGCAAUAUUUGAUGUACAGAAGAGUGAGACUAGUUUAGUUUGAAGCCGGCCGGCUCCGUGCGAGGAUAUCGACAGCAGGCUGUACAGUUUUGAGUAGUUGUCAAAGGUUUCGUUCUUUUCUGUGAGCGCCAUAGGGUUAUUUAUUUCCUAUUCGCUGACAAUGAAGGGGGUUUCAAGUACUUUGAUGUUCUCUCUGGUCGUUUUAACAGUUGCAGGGCCAUUAGUACGAUCGCAGGAGGUGUGCGUUGUUCCCAAGUGUUGUCCGAUUGGCCAGAGUUACCCAGGUCCACGAAAGAGUUGUCAGAACAGCAGUCUCCAGUUUGAGCCUGACAUCUUGAAUGGAUCGGAAGUCAUUGAGUCUUCUGAUUCUAGAGUACUCAACAUCAUCGUGGGCAACCCUUGCCAGUAUGAAAAAUUUCGACUUGAGCCAGACCAAAACAGCGAUGACGAAUUCUACAUCUUGUGUAAUGGGUCAUUGUUUGCGCCCUUCCAGUCCAAUCAGAUGUACAAAACCAGCCAUUACUGUCUUGAUUCUUUCCUCUCCAGUGACGGCAAGAGGGUGGUGACUCUCCCCCUCCUCUGCUCCCCCCCACCUCCUCCACCACCUACCAUCUUCGAGAGGAUCGCCAUGGCAACCUAUCCUGUCGGCUUGCUGAUAUCGGUGCCGUUUCUCAUCCUGACAAUAAUGGUGUAUGGUGGGUUUCCCGAGCUACGUGACACCCAGGGGAAGAGUCUAUGCUGUCACUGUGUGUGUCUCACAGUCGCUUAUCUCACACUAGCCAUCGUCAUGUUGAUGGGAAACAGUUUGUCGCAGACUGUCUGCAUUACACUUGCCUUUGUGAUACAAUUCUCAUUUGUAUCGUGCUUUUUCUGGCUCAACAUCCUGUGCAUCGACACCUGGUGGCGACUUACGUCCAAGUUUGGAGACAGCAGUGGCCAGCCGCGGGAGGAGGAGGAGCUGGGGACUGAACAGGAAACAGAAUCCCUGUUCCUACAAAAGCAAGGGCAUCGCAGGAUAGAGAUGUUCACACAAUCCGUGAUCCUGUUCCUCGUGAUGGGACUCAACUGGGUUCUGGAGUUGUUGUCAUACUUUAUCGGAGGACCGAUAGAAAUCUGGAUUUUGACCGAUACCCUCAACUCUCUGCAAGGUGUCAUCAUCUACUUCGUGUUCAUCGUGAGAGUGCCCAGGGUCAGUCACCUGGCAAGCUCUCGUCUCGUUCCUACCUGCAGCUUCUUGUGCGGACAGUCUAACAAAGAGUAGUCAUAGAUCUAGCCAAUUAUGCUGAACUGAAGUCCCUUCUACUUAAAUAUUUGCUAUGAACAUUUCGUUCUUUAUAAUAUUUCAAUUCAAUUCAAACUUUAACUAAAAGGCAUAUUGUUUGAUUAUGUCAACGUAUCGAAUUAAUAAUUUAUGAGAGAAUUAGCUAACUGGUUUGAUGAGAAUGUAUAAAUAAGAACCCUUUUGCUGACUAGCGAUUUACACACACAGCUUGCCUUAAAACUUGCAAAACUUCACUAGAGGCAUUUCUCAAAAUUGCUAAUCUAUUCACCUGCCAGUGUGUUAAUUAUUAAUUAGUUAGUAUUAAUUAUUAUUUAGAGAGUCAAUAGCACUUUUCUUUAUAUAUUUUAUAAUUAUUUUUUCAAAUGUCUGGAAAAAUAGGUGUUGGCAGUGAAAGGGUUAAUAUAGUUACCUUUUUUCAUUUUACUGAUUUUGUGUUCAGCUAGUUGAGUAAAUCAGCUAUCAUUUAUAAUCAUGUACACUUAUCAUAUACCUUAUGCCCAUAAGACUGUUUGAAUAUGCUUAGUACAUUCCUAAUGUUUGAUUUCCAGAGGUUUUAAUCUAGAGGCAAUAAAAAUCUAUAUUGUAAAAUAUUGUUACGGUGCCCAAUUUUCAAGGUGACAUUAAUUAAUGAAAUUGUGUAAUGAGGGUUUCUUUUUUAUUUGUAGAUAAAGAUAAUUAUUAGUAUUAUAUUUAAACCGGAAUUAGUAUUCCUUAAAAGCUAUUAAAUACUUUCAUCAUAUUAUAGUAAACAUAAUAAGUGAGGAACAGAAAAUCAAAUUUUGAAAGGCAUAGUUUUUAAACUGUCUUUCAGCAACGUUUCUCAACACUAUUGUAUUAUUUUUUUUAAAUUGUCAGUAUUUAUUUAUCAAAAUGUUAAUUACGAUUUUAAUAUUUUAUUUAUUACACUAUUUAGUAUUAUUUUAUACUAAAUUGUUAAAGGGUUGGUUUAUAUUUUUCAACAAAUAAUUUAUUUUACAAGUUACUCACAUUGGUACAAGUUUUAUAGUGUUACGAUAAUUAGCAUAAUGAGAUAAAUCAUAAUAACACAAAUAUCAUAAUAGGCGCGGUUUCAGACAACGAAAUAAGACUCGAACUACGAACUUAGUUUAUUUAACUGUGCUUUCAUUUAGAUGGCAAUGCACUCAUUAAACAGUAAAGGGUUUAAACUACAACAGUACAAAAUGAAACAUCACAGGUUUUUUAUCAUUAGUCCUUUUCUGUAUUCAUAUCAUGUUAAUAUUAAGAAUGUAACAUACAAAUACAUACUCACAAUGUUAAUCUAAAGAAACUUUUGGAACGUUGUUAAAUGUUUGAAACAUUUAAUAACACAUGGGCAG